AUGAGAGUGAUUUUUAUUAAUUUGACUCUUCUUCUGGGCCUUGCAAUUGUUCAUGCUUCAUUUGUAGAGGAUGAUAAUCAUGGUAGAAAUAAACGGGCAAUUGAUAAAAAACAAAAAAGGCAUGGCUGGUCUACAAACGAACUUGAAACUAGCUAUUGGUUCAAUGAUGCUGAAAAAACAUUGAAAAAAAAAUUGAACAAUAAAAUAAAUACAAAUAAAGCAAAAAAUAUAAUAUUUUAUCUUGGUGAUGGAAUGUCUAUUCCAACUUUAAUGGCUGCUCGAACUUAUCAAGGUCAACUUGAAGGAAAAUCAGGCGAAGAAGGUCAAUUAUUUUGGGAGCAAUUUCCAUACUCUGGUCUAUCAAAAACAUGGUGUUUGGACAUGCAAGUUGCAGAUUCAGCUGCCACCGCUACUGCAUAUAUGAGUGGUGUCAAAACAAAGUUCGCAACACUUGGUAUCAAUGGACAUGUUAAACUUGGAGUAUGUUCAACUCAACUCAACAAGACAAAUCACGUUGAUUCAAUAUUAAAAUUAGCCCAAGAUCAGGGUAAAUCUGUUGGAAUUGUAACAACAACAAAAGUCACUCAUGCAUCACCAGCUGGAGCUUAUGCUCACAGUGCUCAUCGUGAUUGGGAGAGUGAUCAUGACAUUAAAAAAUAUCUCAAGGAAAAUUAUACACAAGAAUGCAUGGACAUUGCAACUCAAUUAAUAACACAAGAUCCAGGCAAUAAAUUCAGUGUUAUAAUGGGUGGUGGACGACAAAAAUUUCUACCAAAUGGUACAAUUGAUGAAGAACAUGGUGAAGGUCAACGACAAGAUAAUAUUAAUUUAAUUGAAGAAUGGAAAAAAGACAAAGCUAAUCGAGAAAAGUAUGAUUCUGUCUUGGGACUUUUUGAGUCAUCACACAUGAAAUUUCACUUGGAUGCAUCACCUGAUACUGAGCCAACUCUUGCUGAAAUGACUGAAGCUGCUAUUAAAAUUCUAAGCAAAAAUAAAGAAGGAUUUGUUCUUUUUGUUGAAGGUGGUCUUAUUGAUUCUGCUCAUCAUAUGACACAAGCAACAAUUGCACUUGAUGAAACAGUCGAGCUUGCAAAAGCUGUUAAAGCUGGAUAUGAUUUAACAUCUGAAAAUGAGACACUCAUCAUUGUUACAUCUGAUCAUUCACACACAAUGUCUGUUUCUGGUUAUCCAAAACGUGGAAAUAAAAUACAAGGAAUUAAUACAGAACGUGGUAAAGAUAAUUUACCUUACAUGACACUCAGCUAUGCAAAUGGACCUAGCUACAAAAAUCCCUCUUCCAGUCUUAAACGUCAUAAGAUUAAAAAAGAUGAAAUAACUGAUGUUCACUAUCAAUUUCCCUCGACAGUUCCACGAGAGGAUGAGACACACGGUGGUGAUGAUGUUGCUAUUUUCACAAAUGGACCCUGGGCACAUCUUUUCUCUGGAACCAUUGAGCAAAGUUCAAUUCCCCAUCUACUUGCUUAUGCUGCUUGCAUAAAACCCAAUUCCCAUUGCGACAAUCAGUAA